UAUAAAAAUCCUAGCUAAAUCUUAAAUUUACAGAGCACACUUUGCUAAAGGAAGCUAUCUAUAAAGCAUGGUUCCAACAAACUAUCUAAAGGAAACACUAACUUGGCUUUUUUGCUGUUUGAAUUUUUCUUGGCUUUUUUGUAUGUUUGAAUUUUAACAACCUGCAGACUUGCAGACCGCUCUCAACGCUCUAAAGAAUCAGACGCCACCAACCUACAGAUCGCUCUCAACGCUCGGCUUUUGGAUCCGGUUUGAAUAGUUCUGCAUGUGCAAUCUGAUCUGCAUGACGUUCUGGUGUGCCAAUCCACGGGCCGGGACUUAGUGUGCGAUGAAGUAUUUGACUUCUCCAACCUGAAGAAUCGGAUGCCGGAAACCUUCAGAUUUAGAUGCGGCAACCUGCAACUUUAAAUAGACACCUGCGGUGAACAUUGGAGACCACUCGACGCCUGCCAACUGAACUCAACAUCAACGGUGAAUAGUGGGUAGAACUUGACACCCGCAACCUGAAGAUUGUCACACUACUGCGACAGCUAGGUGGUGUACGGUGCUGUCGAUAAUCGGAUGUCUAGAAGCUGAAAGCUGCCGCUGCGACUUCGACGGUAUGGAGUCAGAUGAUGAAUUCAAUCAGUUUGUAAUGAACGACCUGAUUGAUUUGUCAUCUUCGGAUGAUGAGAAUGAUCUGUUUUUUGAUGCCGCGCACGUGAUCGUUGAUGGUUUAGUUAAUCAUCUGGGACGAAUUGGUUCUGUUGAGGGACACGCGGUAGUGCAUCGUGACAGACUGUUACACCAUGCUCUUCUUUACAAAGACUAUUUCUCAGAUAAUCCUACGUUCAAUUCAAAGACUUUUAGACGGAGGUUUCGGAUGAGGCGACCUGUAUUUCUUCGCAUAAUGAAUGUUGUUGAGAAACAUGACAACUAUUUUGUGCAGAAGAGGAAUGCUGCCGGUGUGCUAGGUCUAUCUUCUCUUCAAAAGGUCGUUGCGGCUUUCCGUAUGUUAGCUUAUGGAGUUCCGGCUGACGCUUUGGACGAAUACAUUCGUAUUGGUGAGAGUACCGCUCUGGAAGCUUUGCGAAAGUUUGUAGUAGCUGUUGUUGAGGUAUUCGGACCAGAGUGCAUGAGAUUGCCUAACGAACAUGAUACAACUAGGUUGCUUGCAAUUGGAGCAAGCAGAGGAUUUCCAUGUAUGCUUGCUGAGGGGGAAGGUCCACAAGUUAAGUACAACAUCAAUGGGCAUGAUUAUUCAAUGGGAUAUUAUCUAGCAGAUGGCAUAUAUCCAUCGUGGGCAACUUUUGUUAAGACCAUUCCAGAGCCACAAGGUAAUAAGAAAAAAUAUUUUGCAAAGGCACAAGAAGCCUGUCGAAAGGAUGUUGAAAGGGCAUUUGGGGUUCUACAAUCUCGCUUUUCUAUAGUUCGUGGGCCGGCUCGUUUGUGGGAUGAAGACACACUCCAUGAUAUUAUGAUGGCUUGCAUCAUACUGCAUAAUAUGAUUGUUGAAGACGAACGAGAUGAGUAUGGAGGAGAACAAGUUUACAACUUCGACGAUAUGGGACAAUAUCUUUGCAACUACGAUGACAUGGGACAAAGGGUGACAGUGUCGCACAAUUCUUCACCUGAACUCGAUGCAUUCAUUCAAAAAUACAAAAAUAUCAAGAACAAGGAAACCCACUAUCAGCUUAAGGCAGACCUGAUCGAGCACUUGUGGCAAAACCAUUCUGAGUUAUAUAAAAUUGAUUAAUGUGCUCUUUAUUUAUUUUUAUCUACUUUAUGUCACACAAGAUACAAAAGCCAGAGAUAAA